CCCCGCAGUCCGCCUCCUCCGACCCCUGCCCCGUCUUCAACGACCUCGACGCCAGCAUCGGUUCCUCCAACUCGGUUCUGCAGUUCUCAAAGAUUCAGUUCGCCUCCUGCGGGAGUCUGCACCAGCUGGUGGAGGAGCUGAGGCCGCCUCCUUUACCUCCUCGGAGGAAAGACGCCACGUCGGAAGCUAAACUGAGCUCCCACUCCGACAGCCCCCCCGCCAUCCCUCCCCGGCU